AUGUGCAUAGAUUAUAGGAAGUUGAAUCAAGCUACGAAGAAGGAUCACUUCCCCCUGCCGUUCAUUGAUCAAAUGUUGAAGAAUUUGGUAGGGAAGCAGUACUUCAGCUUCCUGGAUGGUUAUAGUGGUUAUUUCCAGAUCGCUGUAAAUCCAGAUGACCAAGAGAAGACGACGUUCACCUGCCCCUUUGGAAUUUACGCUUACAGGAGGAUGCCCUUUGGCCUCUGUAAUACCCCGGGCACCUUCCAGAGAUGCAUGAUGAGCAUUUUCGCGGACCUGUUGGAAGACUGCAUUGAGAUCUUCAUGGACGACUUUACUGUCUAUGGGGACGAUUUCGAUCAAGGGCUGCAUAACCUAAACAAGCCUUUGACGAGACUUCUCCAGAACGAUGUGGAGUUUGAAUUAUCAGAUAUCUGCAAAAUCGCGUUCCAAUUUCUGAAGGACCGAUUGAUAAGCUCUCCAAUAAUACGUGCCCCCGACUGGAAUCACCCCUUUGAGGCACAAAGGAACUAUGACGUGACCGAGAAGGAGAUGCUAUCGGUGGUUUUCGCAUUCGAGAAGUUCAGACCUUACCUGCUAGGGUCUAAAGUGAUAGUGACGAUAACGGUGAAGCCAUUUCAGACACCUUCCCUGGUCAAGACAACCUCUGAAUGUCAGUGGGUCAACCAAAUGGAAGAGGUUGAUCAAGCUGAGCAAGGAAGCAAGGAACAACACACACGGAAAGAGCCAUGGUUUGCUGACAUGGCCAACUACUUGGUGACCGGAGAGUUGCCCGGGGGUGAUGAAGUUACAAGGGCACAAAAGAUAAAGCUUAAGAGAGAUUCCCGGUACUUCUAUUGGGACCAUCCUUACCUAUGGAAAAUGGGAGCAGAUCAAGUGAUCCGACGCUGUAUACCCAAAUGGGAGCAGGAAGAUGUGAUGAUCCACUGCCACGCACUAGCUUGCGGUGGCCACUUUGGGGCAAAGAAGACAUCAAGGAAAAUACUUGAUAGUGGGUUUUACUGGUCUUCCAUCCAUAAAGAUGCUUACGAAUUCUGCAAAAGGUGCCCUCGAUGCCAGCUUACUGGAGGGAUAUCUACUAGAAAUGAGAUGCCUCAGAUCCCCAUUAUUGUCUGUGAAAUAUUUGAUGUAUGGGGAAUGGACUUCAUGGGACCCUUUUCCCGCGUCUGA